AUGUCAAAAGAUCCCUUUGAGGACUCCGACUAUGUCUGCUCCUAUGGGAUGAAGCUAACGUGGGACAUCAAUGACCCCAAGUUACCCCAGGAGCCCAAACACUUUGAUUCCUUCCAGGAGUGGCCAGACGGCUAUCUGAGGUUUAUUUAUUCCAAUGAGGAUAAAAAUGCCCAGCGGCAUCUCAGCGGCUGGGCCAUGCGCAACACCAACAACCACAACUGCCAGAUCCUGAAGAAGUCCUGCCUGGGUGUGGUGGUUUGUGCCAGAAACUGCACGCUGCCGGACGGGACCAAACUUCAGCUCCGUCCUGCUAUAUGCGAUAAAGCUCGGCAAAAGCAACAAAAAAAGCACUGCCCACACUGCAGCUCAGCACUUGAGUUGAUUCCUUGUCGGGGACAUAGUGGCUAUCCAGUAACUAACUUCUGGAGACACGACAGCAAAGUGAUAUUCUUUCAGGCCAAGGGAAUUCAUGACCAUCUGAGGCCAGAGAGCAAAACAGAGACUGAGGCCAGAAGAAGUGCCCUUAAAAAGCAGGUGCCGCUUUCUCACUCAACCCAGAAAAAAAGAUUUCUGGACUUUAAGAUGGGAACAUGUAAUGAGAACGGUGAAUACCUUCACUAUAUUCAUCACCUGGCAUGCGAAGGACCAGAAAAAAUCUGCAUCAUUCCAGAUGCCAGCUUACCACUCACAGUGCAACCUCACCACAUAUUUCAAGAUUCAGAAUCUUACAAAGUUACUUCUAACGCAGCCAGUGUUCCUGGGGAGGUGGAAUUGCCCUUCCAGAAGUACCCAAGUCCCACAGUCUAUGCAUCGAAGCCAACUUGUGGCUAUGAAUGUGCUUUUCCUGGCUAUAUUGGAUCCAACUUGUAUCCGACAUUUCCCAAAGACACAAUGGAUAUCACAGUGGAUACGGAUCAUGUCACACUGAAUGGACUUCCAUAUUGUGUAAAUUCAGUGAGUCCCCGUGAAAAGAACAGCGAUGGAAUCCUUAGACAUCAUGGAUUGAAACCAUCCUUUGAGGAAAAUAACAAUGGAGAAAACGCGAGCCAUGGAAUGAAUCAAGCUAGCGCCGACCAGCCUCAUAAUAGUGGAGAGUAUUUUUGCAGCUAUGAUAGUCAUUGUCCUUUGGAAUUUCCAGCUUUUCAGACUAUUAUAACAACUAAGAUGUCCUAUGAAGCCUGUAAGUCAUCAGUGGUGAAAUGCGGUGACAAUUUUUAUGAAGCAAAAGAUCUUCUGAGCUGUCCCCUGGAGGAGAACGUUUCUAGAAAUGUCUGUCCUGAGGUAAAAGCUCACGAAGACUGGGGAAUUGUCAGAUCAAGUUUGCUUAGUGAACAAUUUCUGACCAGUAGUAAGGUAGAGCAUGUAGAGUCAGUGGAAACAUAUCAGGAUGGUCCAAAUACUGAAAGGAAUUAUACUGGCUAUAAAGGGCAAACAUUCAGAUUUGAGAAUACUGAAUACUAA